CAAUCGAGCAGAGCAUCGAGCAGGAGGAGGGUCUCAACAGAUCAUCAGCGGACCUCAGGAUCCGCAAGACACAGCACUCGACGCUGUCACGUAAGUUUGUGGAGGUGAUGACUGAGUACAACACCACGCAGUCCAAGUACCGUGACCGCUGCAAGGACCGCAUCCAGAGACAGCUGGAGAUCACUGGGAGAACCACCACCAACGAGGAACUAGAGGAUAUGUUGGAGAGUGGCAAGCUGGCCAUCUUCACCGAUGAUAUCAAAAUGGACUCUCAAAUGACCAAGCAGGCUCUUAACGAAAUCGAGACCCGACACACCGAGAUCAUCAAGCUGGAAAACAGUAUCCGCGAGCUGCACGACAUGUUCGUCGACAUGGCCAUGCUGGUCGAGAGCCAGGGAGAGAUGAUUGACAGAAUUGAGUACAACGUGGAACACUCCGUGGACUACGUGGAGCGAGCUGUGUCCGACACCAAGAAGGCCGUCAAAUACCAGAGCCAGGCCCGCAAGAAGAAGAUCAUGAUCAUCAUCUGCUGCGUCAUCCUCGGCGUGGUCCUGGCGUCGACCAUCGGCGGCACGCUGGGCUUCUAAGACGCUCACGCCCCCCUGCCGCUGUGACGACUGAAAACCGACCAACCGUCCGACCGCCAGCAGAGAAAAAGAAAAACACCAUCGACAACAACUUCACAAAAACUUGAAACAAAAAUGCAAGACAGAUAACCAAUCAGCUAGGAAGAGAUAACAAUCCAAUCACAGAUAGGAGGAAACACCGCAGGGUUGGGUGGGGUUCAAAAAACAACGACAAAAAAACCACAAUAAAAACACCAUUACAUUAUAGCUGACUUAAAUACAUAACAUAUACAAAAAGAGGGUACAAAUAAACCUAUUUAUUACAGAUGUACAUGUAAAUGUAUUGAACAUAUGAAGCAACACAUGGGUUACCUACCUGUAAAAAAAAAUAUGACCUAUAAUAUAACAUAUACUUGUUUGUUUGUUUUGCUUUUUUUUCUUAUUUUUUAACCGUUUUUUUUUCUUUUUUUGGAGUCUCCGAGGACAGUGAUGAUGAUUGCUUCUGGGUGGCAGUUCUGUAGGAUGGGCAUUCCAGAGCUAACGUCUUAUUUGUUUUUUUGACUUCCUUGCUUUGAUUUAAUCGUCCGUAGAACUGAGCGCAUUCUUAAUAAAUGUUCUCAGAUUUUAAACGUAAAGACAAAAUCUAUGACAGCUCCGGCAGAACAUUCUGGGGCUCUCGAGCUCUGCGCUACAUGUGGGAACAGUCUGUUCCGGAAUACUGACAGAACACGGCGAGGUUCCGGAAUACUGUCAAUUGAGGAAUAUUAUGGAAUGUCAUUAGUGAUUCUGCAAUGUUCCAGAAUGUCAUCUGUAUUUAUGGAAUAUUCUGGAAUCCUGUAAGUAAUGCUGGAAUGUUCUGGAAUGCUGCCCUGCCGGACGAGCACCCACUGGCUUAAGUAGAACCAACUUUGUUACCUUGUCUCUAUGAGGGAGGGACGAACCUGGCUGUUUGCUUCAGCCACCCUUUGUAGAAGACCUCUCAUUGGUUGCUUACUCCUGUCACUCACCUCAGUCAGCCUGUUAAAGGAGUUUAGAAAGGCAUGCCCAAACCUUGCAACACAGUGUGUAAAAUCACAAGAAAAAAAAAAAAAUGACACUCACCCACUGAACUGUUUUUCACAACCAGCCGACUGGUUUGGAAAACACCAUGUGGUGAGGGGGGUGUCAUUAGCAGUGGCAGGUUUCCACAACAACAACCUCCCCUUCUUGACGCACCUAUCCGACCAAAGAGCAAGGGGAGGGAGGGCCCAGUUUUUUUUCUGCUGAAUUAGAUUGACCAACGGCAGAGAACACGAACUUGACCGACAGGAGCGCGGUGGAAAGGAGGAGGAGGGUUUAGAGGAGUGUGGGAGGAGAAGGGCAGUCAAUCUAUGCAGUUUAGAUAAAAUGAAGACGACUUGUCCCGCCUCCCGCACUCAAGAUAGCCAAUGAGGAUCGGUGGUUCAAGUUCUUGCACCAAUAGGGUCAUUACAUAAGGCGAUGUAGAAGUGAGUCAGGGCUGAUUGUCAUGUCCGAGCUGUCACGGCUGUUCUUCCAGAAGAUUCUUAAAAAUGAAGAGAACACUUUAAAAAGUACAGAAUAAACGAUAAACUAAAACAUAGCAUUUCAAAAACCAACAAGCUAGACAAUUUCAACAGAAGAUGUAGAAACUCUAAAGAUGCUGGCAUGCCCUGGUUACCUGAGUGUCGUGGUAAUAUUGUUGAUUUUUCAUUCUUUAUGGGGAACAUUUGUUGCUUCGUUGUUCCGUGGUGCUGCUGUUUUAGUGCGUGCAUGACGUGUCCCGUGACGUAUCAGCCUGACAUCAUUUAGCAGUUACUGUUCAGUCUGGUUUGAUGCAUUUGCCUGUGUCCUCCCGGCAUCCCUCCAUCUCCUGACUGAGUGUGUGUUUGGAGAUUGUGGUAUUUGAUUUAUCAGUUUAAUUGCCUCAGUUAAACAGGUGCUACUUAACAGAAGAGGCAUUUCCUGUUGGUGGAUUGUCUGUGUGGAAGGCGGAAUAUGUGACGCACACACAUUCACAUAUUUACACAACAUAGAACAUGCUUGAACGCCUCAUACAUGUAACAUUUCACACAGACACACUGAUCAUUCUCCCUUAUUGAACACAUUAUUUACUUAUUUGUGUCACACAUCUUGCCAGUGCUUAUUUUGGACUAGUUAACUAGCAUGAUAUAGCGUUAGCUUGUGUACUGUGUGGCACAUAUAGCUGCUUGUCAAAGAUUGAUCCUGAGUUUUCUGUUCUUAUUUUAAUGCUUAAUAUCAAAGACACUUUCUGCGUGUCUGAGCAGUGUUGGGGAAAGAAAAAUGAAACUUGAAAAUGAAAGCGGAACUGUGAAAGCUAGUUCUUGACGUUUGAAAAAGACAAAAUCAUCUAAAAAAAAACAGUUUCACAUGCUGUUUUUAACACUGCAUCUCAAAAUGAAGUUAGCCUUCUUUUCAAAUUCAAUCUGCCAAUGACAGCAGAACAUUUGGGAAUAGGCUAGUUAGCUCGUUAGCUAGUAAAAAGCAACAAAGAAAAGACAAAAAGCUUUGAUUUGAUCAUUGGCCUCUUUCUGAAACUUAUAGCCAUGGAAUUACAUCAAAUUCAUCGUCAAUUAAUUUAACUAUAUAUCAGAAUAUCACGAUGCAUUUGCAGAUAGCAGUGUGGCUACUUCUUAACACUAAGACUAACCACAAAUUACCUUUUAACUUUAGAUUGGCCAAUCUUAAUAGAGUCAAGAAGACAAUAUUUGUCAGUUUAUCUGAUGAAUGUGUGAAUCUCAACACUGCUCCAGAUUGGGGCAACAUAUGUGUGUUGUGUUAUUAUGUGUUGUACAAGCAUGUUUUAUUUAGUUACUGCUAAUGCAGUCUGUGUGUAAUACUGGACACACGGGGAUGUAUAACAUUACAAGACAGUAUUGUUACCUUGGCUUUUGAUUGGGGGGGUUAAGGAGAAAGGUUUGCUUGUGUCAGGCUCUGUGAUACGGAGGUGUGAUGCUUCUGCUGAGGCCUUCACAAGCAAUCCUGCGCUGUCACUGUCAGGAUAUCAUCAACCACAAAAACUACCUUAAACUCAGCAAAAUCAGUCAACACUGCUCUUGGUGUGAAAGCAAUAAAGUCAGUUGUUAGGUUUCAUUUGACAAAACAAUUUGUUAGCUAGCUAGCUCACCUUGUCUACAUUCUGCCCCCAGUUUAGUGUCUGGUGUUGUAAAGUGCAACCAUAAUAUUUCUUUGGUAAGCAAACAAACAAAGCCACAACAUGGCUAACAAUUUUUAUCCAAGACAAGAUCAUGUUAGUCGUCCUGUUGUAAGCUAAUGGUACCGCUAGCUGCCAGUAUGAAGUGUAGACAUGAAAAAAUAGUCAUUGUCCUGUUAAAAAAAUGUGUUUUCUUGGCAGUCAUUAUAGAUAGAGCUGUUAGUUUUAGAUGUCUGUGAUGCUGUGUAGUUGCUAAAUGAAAUAAAGGGCAAACAUGUUUUUAGUUCCAGGCUUUGUGGACGAUCUGAUUCGUGAGUUUUCAUUUUACUCCCCGACUUCUGGUAACCAAAACUACACUCUGUGUUCACCAAAGCUUAGCAAACACCCUAACCCUCAAAGCAGCCAAAUCCAAUAGAUGUUUGUUCACAAUAAUUGUCAAUAGAUAUAGAAUCUGCAGAUGUGUUGUCAAUGUUCAUGGCUAAUUAUUGUCCUUUUAGGUGCUUUUUUAGAGGUUUUUAAAAAUGUAGUACACACUGAAACUGUCAACCAUGACUGAAAUAUCAAACCACGAUUACUCAAACCUAACUACAUUCCCCCAGGUGUCAUUGGACAAUCUUAGAGUUUUACAUUUUCUAUGUUUCAGACAUUUUAUUAGGAAAUUGACAAAUUUGGGAAAAUCAAAAGGACAUCCAUACAUUUGUCCACCACGAUGCUUCAUUUGUCACCUUUCAUCAACAUCAUAAAGUCAGUUGUUAAGUUACAGGUUAUUGAUGGUCGAUGGUUGUCAGGGUGACGUCACGGUCAUCACAGUGGUCGUGCAAUGGUUGGGCGGCGUUGGUUGCGGUGGAUUUAAAUCUGCGAUGUGAUGAUGCUUAGCACCAGCCAGCUUGUUGAGAGUUAUGUUUCUUUGCUGUGUAUGUGUGUGUGCAUUUUUCUGUAAACUUCCUGUUCCUGUCUGGUAUCCAUCAAGCCCUGUUGUUCCCCUUUGGUGUGGAAAACAUGGACAAGCUUCACAAACUAAAGACUUUAUGGUUUGUUCAACAUCUGGAUGAUGAUUAGGAAGUUUGUCCCAGUAUUCAUUCCCGCUGUCCAUUUGUCCCUCCUCUUCCUGUUUGUGUUGUAGUUGUUUGGUUGUAGAAAAAGGAAUGGAAGUCUGCCCCUUCCCCUCCCAAGCAGACCCUUGUUCAUCUUGUUGAGUGUAAUGAUAAUGAUAAUGAUAAUAAUAAUAAAAAGGCAUGCAAAAGCGUUGUGGAGUUUGCAUGAUGGUGUUUUUGUACCCCACCCCCAACCUGCCCUCCAUGUCGCGCACUUUACUGCUCAUCGGACCUGUCUUUGGUUAGCACGUUACCUAACUACACUAAUCCGCCAUUUUUUUAUUCAAAGCUAAACACAUGUUGGCAUAACGCAAUAACUUGUGUUUUGUUUCUGCCAUUGUUGGAACAGUAACUGAAAUGUUUAGGUGUUUUGUUUCAAGACUGAGUUGGUAUUUAAAUGUGAAAGACAAAAACUUUCAAACCCUGUUGUCCAUUGGGUCAUUCUGCUCACCCCCCAACUCCGUGACAUUGACCCUCCAAGCCUCCCACUAGGUUUCACACCUCUGUUAGCAUCGUUUUCUGAUAUUUUGCCUCCAUGGUUGCAUUUGUGUGGUGUUUUUGUGGAGGAAGUGCCCCUGCAAAUGUUCUUAGUUGUUCAAAGUCUGAAAACCUGUGGGCUAACCUCCCGUCACCUCUCCACCCAGCCUUGUCUGCAGCAUGCCUCCUUACCUGCUCAGUCAAACAAGAUUGGUGCAUAAAUGUGUGACUGUGUGUGUCUGUGUGUGUGUGAUAUUGUGUCGGAGCAGCACAAGUUUGUUUUGAUGUGUGACGCAUCCGAUGGCAGGUUCACGGGUUUCUCGGCCAUUCGAUGAAUACCACUUUUCUUUCUUUAAAAUUCACGACAAAAGUUAAGACAUCCGAAGUCUUUAUAGACGCCAUGAUCACUGUUAUUAUAUUUAUUCAAAUUUAAACCAAAGCGUUUUCUGCCCUCCCCUCAUGUGUUCUCAAAAUGUUCGCCGCUAAUAUCAAAGAGCACAACGCGAGUCAAGUUUACACUGAGAUGUUCGUCAAAAAUGUUGGAAAAAAUAUAUGUAAUAAAAAAACAUCAAAUGCUACUAUGCCAUAUCUAUAAAAACAAAAGCCCUGCCCCCCUGCCCACCACCAGCCCUCACUGCAUGUUGGUCUGUACGCCAAUCAACCCGACCAAAUUACCCAGUAGUUACCUCACACCACGAUGACGUCUAGCUCCACAUCCCCUCUCCUUUCUUUCCACCUGUUGAUGUUAGUUUGUGGUCGGAUUUAGUGCACAAAUAUGACCAGUAAUCAUCUGUAAAAACGAUUAGCAUACAUGCGCUUCUUCUCUUGAGGCAUAUACGGAGACAAUGGUGGUGCUUUCUUAUGCUAUUUAUGAAUUGCUAUUAUUCUUGUUCUUUUGGUGUCCCUUUCUGUAUAGCUUGUUAAUCAGUCUCUGUGGUCACACUUCAGGAUCAAUGCCACUCUGCAGGUUUUUAAGGGUUAGCUAGCUAGCUAGGUAUCUUACUCCACAGUAGACAGAAGCCUCUGGGUUUCACAUACAAAUAACAGCGGGGUCAAUUACGAUGAGGCAGAUCUAGCUAACAAUGCUUCGUUGUAAAUGUCCGUCUUUAAUGUUGCUUUUAUUUGUAACCUUCACAGCACUCAACCCUGAAUGCACAACCGUACAGUUAACAGUUAAAUCUGUUCAAAUUAGGGAUGCAAAAAAGAUGCUAACGUGACCCAUAGGCUAUAGAUGUUGCUCCAGCGGAAGAUGCUAGCAAGCAAAUGUCCACGUGAAAUCUGUCCAUGGAUUAGCUGCUGCACAGUUAUCUUAACAUUUGAUCAAAGGACGCUUCUGAACUACUAUUGUGCAGGUAAAGGAACAGAUAAGUGAUCUUUUUUUUUUUGUUGUUGCAAAAAUUAGGGACUGAAAAAUGUGCUAGCUAUAGCUCCCGUAAACCUACAGUGAGCAUUUUCCAUUGUGUGAGAGAGGACUGCAGCCUUGUCACCAACACACUGAAUUUCUAUAACUGUAUGUACAUGGCUCUAUGGCCAUAUCUGCUUCUGUUGGCUGUGUACAGUUUCUGUCAGAGCGGGGUACAGAAAGCAGGAAAAAAUCAUCCGGAGAGAAUUUGGGUGUGACAUCACGACUCCAAAGAUUGACUUACCACUAGCUUUUAGCUAUUAGCCUGCAUGCCGAAGUAACUUUGGGCAUUGUUUCACACAUGUUUAAAUAAUAACGUGUAGUCCCUGUAGUAUCAUAUUAUUUUUAACGCAAAAUGUGUGUGGGCACAAAAUGCUCUGCAGUUACUUCCGCAAACGAUUUGUUUUAAGCAGCACAACUCCUGCAGGCGAGGGUCUGUCUCUGAAGCUCGUUCUCAACAGACACCGUGUUCAAAGACUUUGAGGAUUUAAGAUCAUUGUGCUUUUUUGUUCCUCUGAUGUUGGACAGUGAAACUCCUCUCUACGAUGAUUUUUGUCUUCCUGAAAACAAUUUUCAAAAACCAAAACCUGUUCGGUGCCCUGCUCUGGAUGAUAAAAUAUGAAAAUGUUUUGUUUCGUUUUUGUCGUGGCUUUGACCUGCUCAAGCAAGCUACAGUGUGAUAUUAUCGUUGUUUCUGAUUUAUUUUUUUAUUUUUUAUGUGAAGCUUCACCCACAAGUCUCUGCUCUCCUCAUUGUACGAGACAGUAUUUAAGUUUGUAUCAGUGUUUUUCCCUAGUGGGAGGGGUGGGAGAAGUCAGGGGAGGGGUCAUGAAGAUAGACCACGCCCACAUGGUCUCUGCCAUAGCAAGUAGAAAAGACAGUUGAAUAAAAUUAUCAUUACUAUUGUUAUUAUUAUUAUUACUACCAUAAAUGACAAAUGAAAAUGCAGUAAAACAUUUGCAAAAACCCACAAGGAGAGCGAACGCUUCACAAAAAGUGAUCAAACUAACAUAAAAACAUAAGAAGGGAGGUUAUGAUGAUUCUAUAAUAGCAAUGAUUUAAAGAAGUACAAAAGGAGUUAUGUUAUCAUAAAUAAUAGUAGUAAUAUUGAAUAUUGAAUGCUCGCAAUUUUGUCAAACUGAAACUGGAUUCUUUGUGUUAUGUAAUUAUUGUAAAUAACUUCAAAGAGAGAAAAAAUGACUUGCAUGUCUAUGUAUAAAUCUACUGAGAUAUCUAUUCCCGUCAAAGUUGACACGUAGUUCGAUCUCUGUCCUUUUUUGCAACUUUCGCUUUCCCCUCCAACAUCACCCAUCCUCCCCUCUGCCCUCCCCGACAACAGUCCUUGAAUUCUCUCUUUGUGGGUGAGAGAACAACAGGAAGAGAAGAGAGGAAGAGAAUCAUAGCUUCCAGCGUCCUCGUCCGUCAUGCCCAGUUCAGAUGCUGUGUUUGCACCAGCCCGCAGAAAUGAAACUAUCACACCUGUGGGAGUAAAGUGUACAACAAUGUUUUUUCUGAAAAUACGGCCAAAAGGGAAACACUGUUGUUCCUCUAAUUUGUCACGAUUGUCUCUUCAUUUCUUUCACAAUUUAGACAGAAAUGAAAAGAUUUUGGUGUGUCAGCGGGUAUUUGAUGUAAACACAGCUACAACCACACCUCUGUCCAUCACCCCAGUUCCAGAGGCUCCACCCACUGGCUCCUCUGAUGAAAGUGCUUCCCUCCAUAAUAGGAAAAUUAACCCCGCCUCCAGGGCUUUCCAGGUCACGCCCCCUUGAUCGUUUCGGAAGCUCUGUGAGCGGGUUUCCGAACUCUCUCUCUCUUUCUCUCUCUCUCUCUCUCUCUCUCUUUCUCUCUGUCCCACUCUCUCAAGCAAAGCUUGUUAGCCAAACACCAAAUCUGACACGUGGUCUCUUUACCUGCCUGUUCUCCCAGAAUAUAGCCUGCACCCAACUAGUCUAUGCUAACCUGCUAACAGUCUGAUUACUAGAAAAAGUUCUAAGAUGCAAAAUGUUCCAAAUGUAACAAACCAUUUGCCCAUUAGCCGUCGUCUUCGUCUGCAGUUAACAUAAAACAGAGAGGAUCUGCUUUCUAACAUAUCUCAUUCUUGGUCUUCAUUUUAACAGCGACCAUAGCGCCUUCUGAUCCACUUAAACUAAAGCUGUUUUAAGUUCGCAUGACUUUUGCACCAUUGUUAGUCUUCAGGCUGAUAUCAGUGUUGUUAAAAUGCACAAAAAGGGGCGUAGUCCAAUUUUAAAAUUUGUUCCUGCAUCAGCUCAGCCCUCCAGGUGUACCUUCAAGUUUUGACCACAGUCUUCCUGUUACAUGGCUUUUUCCAUUUAUUAGUUCUCAACCAAGGGCUGAGCUUCACAACUCACCGGCGAGGUCAAACUCUAGAUUGGAUUUCAACAGAUUAAAGAGAAUACGUGAAUAAAAGAAACAAUCUUUUGACUGAGGGCAAUUUGCUAAAUUCUGAACGCAGUCCAAGGGCAGCUUUUCACCAUCGACAGGUUUUGAGAGACACGGUUGUCCAAGAGUCUUCAUCUAAUUCCUUGCCCAAUCUCUAGCCUCACACAGGCCUACCGAAACAUAGCGUGCAAUAUUUAGAGAAACAAGGGCUUUCAUCAUUGUGCAGGAGUUCACUGACCUUUAAGCUCAGACAUCCUGCACGGACUCCAUUUUUAAAAAUCACUCAUUUUAUACGCCAUAAAAAAAAAGCACCAUUUGGCUCAUUGUGUACCAUGAAGAAAAAGAAAUGUCUCACCUUUUUUUUUUUUUUUUUUUUUUUUUUUAAUGCAGUUGGACAAUUAAAGUCAGAAAGAGGCAUCUUGGGGGGGAAAUGGCAGUAUAAAGAGAUGGAGAUUUGAGGUCCGAAUUUCUUUUUCCAAAACUUAGAAAAAAAAAAAA